AUGCUUCGAAGGACAGCAGGAGAGGUUUUGAAGAAAAGCCCGAACGAUGUGGUCGUGCUCUCCGCAGUGCGGAGUCCCAUCGCACGGGCAUUCAAGGGCGGUUUCAAGGAUGCGUACCCUGAAGAGAUCUUGAUGCCUGUUAUGCAAGCCGCCGUCAGGCGAGCGAAAAUUGAGCCUGGCCAGGUCGAAGACGCACUUAUCGGCAAUGUCCUUGCGGAGCUGGGUUUCGCGAAGACCGGCCGCAUGGCUCUGAAUGCUGCGGGGUUCCCGAACUCCACGACUUUCCACACCGUUAACCGGCAGUGUUCGAGCAGUUUGCAAGCGAUCACGCAUAUCUCACAUGCAAUUUUGGCUGGGCAGAUCAACGUCGGGCUUGGCGGUGGUGUGGAGAGUAUGUCGCGGAAUUAUACAACGCGGGGAAUUCCUGUGGAUGUGUCGCCCGAGCUGAGGGAGUCGCCGAGGAAAGAUGCUCCGGAUUGUUUACUGCCCAUGCUGCAGACGUCCGAGAACGUUGCGUCGCGGUAUGGAAUUGGUCGACGGGAGCAGGACGAGUUCGCGGCGGAGAGUCAGCGGCGUGCGACUGAGGCGCAGCGAUCUGGCAGAUUUUUGAACGAGAUAGUCCCAAUUCAGGUGCGAUCGAUUAGUGCGGGUAUCGAUGAGGUGACGAUUGCGGUUGUUGAGCGGGAUGAGGGCGUCCGCACAAACGUGACUGCACAGAAAUUGGCGACGCUGAGUCCUGUGAUAGAGAAUGGAUUCAGCACUGCUGGGAACUCGUCUCAAAUUUCCGAUGGCGCGUCAAGCACCAUACUCGCUCGCCGGUCCUGGGCAGAUGCUCGAGGCUUGAAGCCCAUUGCGCGAUUUGCUGGUACCCAAGUUGCUGGUUGUGCACCUGACGAAAUGGGCAUCGGGCCAAUUUUCGCGAUUCAAAAUCUUUACAAGUAUCUUGGGAUCGAAAACAAAGAUAUUGAUAUCGUGGAGAUGAAUGAAGCAUUUGCAAGCCAGUCGAUCCACUGCAUCCGCGAGCUCGGUCUCGACAUGAGCAAGGUUAACCCGAACGGUGGUGCCAUUGCUCUUGGACACCCUGUUGGCGCGACGGGUGCCAGACAGGUUGCUACACUUCUCUCGGAGCUUCAACGGCAAGAUAAGGAGAUGGGAAUUGUGAGCAUGUGUGCCAGUACCGGCAUGGGAGUUGCAUCCCUCUUCAUUCGCGAAUAG